AUGGCUACUGACCAGCAGGAACGAACCAACCAAGGCGAAGGCCGCCGUCAGCGGCGCCGACAGGAAGAGGAUGCAUCCAACGGCGCGCAGCCGGGGGAUCUGCCGCCUCCUGCCUUCAAGCUCCGCUUUCGGGACGAGAUUGUCCCGGCGAUGGUGUCCGAGUUUGGAUACACCAGCCCGAUGCAGGUGCCCCGGGUCACCAAGAUCAACCUGAACAUCGGUCUCGGCGAGGCGUUGACCAAUGGCCGCGCCAUGGAGAGCGCGGUUCGGGACCUGACCACGAUUUCGGGUCAGAAGCCGGUGAUCACCCGCGCCCGCCGGUCCAUCGCUGGGUUCAAGGUACGCGAGGGCAACCCCAUCGGCACCGCCGUGACGCUGCGGGGCGACCGCAUGUAUUACUUCCUGGAGCGGCUCAUCAUCACGGCCCUGCCGCGUAUCCGGGACUUCCGCGGGAUCUCGCGAAACGGUUUCGACGGCCGGGGCAACUUUUCCCUGGGGCUGCGCGAACAGAUCGUGUUCCCGGAAAUCGACUACAACAGCAUCGACCGGCUGCGCGGGUUACAGGUGACCAUCACCACCAGCUCGCCGAACGACGCCGAGGCCACUCGUCUGCUUGAACACUUCGAAAUGCCCUUUGUUCGGCAAUAG